AUGAAUUUUAAGAUGAAUACCUAUCUUGGCGAUACAUCCAAUUCAUCAAUACCGGGAUAUUUCAAAGGCUCUGCACUAAAUUAUGGCAAUUUUUCUGCAAACAACUCCAACGAGACAGGAACCGACCUGGAUUCACCUGCCCUGGCCACCAGCAGGGCGAUCAUUGUGGGGCUGAUCCUCGGUGCCUUUAUUCUCUUUGCUAUCAUAGGUAAUAUCCUGGUAAUUCUCUCCGUGGCUUGCAACAGACAUUUAAGAAUCCCUACGAACUAUUUCAUCAUUAACCUGGCCAUAGCAGACCUGCUGUUGAGUUUCACUGUCCUGCCGUUCUCUGCCACGCUGGAAGUGCUUGGCUACUGGGUUUUGGGGAGGAUAUUCUGUGACAUCUGGGCGGCAGUGGAUGUGCUGUGCUGCACAGCCUCUAUUCUGAGCCUGUGUGCCAUUUCCAUCGACAGAUACAUCGGGGUCCGGUACUCCCUGCAGUACCCCACGCUGGUCACCAGGAGAAGGGCGAUUUUAGCUCUCCUGGCUGUCUGGGUCCUGUCCAUGGUGAUUUCCAUCGGGCCCCUGCUGGGCUGGAAGGAGCCGGCCCCGCAGGACGACAGGGAGUGCCGGAUCACCGAGGAGCCCUUCUAUGCCCUCUUCUCCUCCCUGGGCUCCUUUUACAUCCCUCUAAUCGUCAUCCUCGUCAUGUACUGCCGGGUCUACAUCGUGGCCAAGAGGACUACGAGGAACCUGGAAGCUGGUGUGAUGAAGGAGAUGUCCAACUCCAAGGAGCUGACCUUACGGAUUCACUACAAGCACGUUCAUGAGGACGCCUUGAACAACACCAAGUCCAAGAGUCACAACCCCAGGAACUCCUUAGCUUUCAAACUUUUAAAGUUCUCCAGAGAAAAGAAGGCAGCCAAGACGUUGGGAAUUGUGGUUGGCAUGUUUAUCCUGUGCUGGCUCCCCUUCUUCAUUGUCCUGCCACUGGGAUCCCUGUUUUCGGCUCUGAAGCCCCCUGAAACGAUCUUCAAGGUGAUUUUUUGGCUUGGCUACUUCAACAGCUGCUUGAAUCCCAUCAUCUACCCCUGCUCCAGCAAGGAGUUCAAGAGGGCUUUCAUCCAGAUCCUGAGGUGCCGGUGCCACCGGCGCAAGCAGCUGGGCUGGUGGCCCUACAGCUACCGAACGUGGAACCGCUGCUCCCUGGAGCACGGAGCCCGCAGGGACUCCCUGGAGGACAGCGGCAGCUUCCUGAGCGGCAGCCAGAGGACUUUAUCCUCGGCAUCGCCCAGCCCCGGCUACGUGAGCAGGAUCAGCCAGCCGCAGCUGGAGCUGUGCACGCUGCCCCAGUGCAGGAACUGCAGCGCCCUGCUCAGCCCGGCCCGGGAGAGCGGCGGGCAGCAGGGCCACUGCCAGUUCUUCACCUUCCAGCUGCUGCCCGAGCGCAACGGGCACGGCCCUGGCUCCGGGCACGAGCCCCCGGGCACAUGGAAAACAAUGAUUAAAGAGUUCCUUCAUCAGGAUCUCUUUGACAGUUUGAAUGGGCAAACAGAUUGCCUCUCUAAAUUAAUUGCUGCCAUUUAG